AUGGAGAUCAAUGCUUCCAUAUACUUGUCCAUCGUCCUCGUCUUCCUCGCCAUAGCUUUCAAAUUAUCACACCGCGCCAAAAACAACAACCUCCCGCCGCCGCCCAACCGCCGUGCCCUCCCGGUGCUCGGCCACUUGCACCUCCUAACCAAACCCCUCCACCGUUCACUCCACAAACUCUCCCACAACGGCGGCGGCGCAUCAACGCCGAUCAUGCGGCUCAAGUUCGGCUCCCGCCCCGUGGUGGUGGUGUCGUCCGCCGCCGCCGCCGAAGAAUGCUUCACCAGCCACGACGUCGUUCUGGCCAACCGGCCGAACCUCAUGAUGGGGAAGCACAUCGGCUACAACCACACCACCAUGAUCCAAGCGCCCUACGGGGACCACUGGCGCAACCUCCGCCGCAUCGGCGCCGUCGAGAUCUUUUCCGCCGGCCGGCUCAACAACUUCGCCGCCAUCCGGAGGGACGAAGUCAACAGCCUCGUCCUGCGGCUCGCCGCCGGUCACAAGAAAGUGGAGCUGAGGACGAUGUUUCAGGACCUGACGUUCAACAACAUGAUGAGGAUGAUCGCCGGGAAGAGGUACUACGGCGAUGCGAUGGCCGCCGCCGGAGAAGACCAGCUGGAAGAGGCGGAGCGGUUCAAGGAGAUGAUGGUGGAGGUUAUGGGCUACGCCGGGGCUUCUAGCAAUGCCGAUUUCUUGCCCGUCUUGAAUUGGCUUGACGGCGGUCGGUUUGAGAGGAAGCUGGCCGGACUUUCCCGGAGACUGGAUGAGUUUAUGCAGAGGUUGAUCGAUGAACGUCGUCGAGGCUCCGGUAGCAAUGACAACACAACCAUGAUUGAUCAUCUCCUGUCGUUGCAAAAGUCCCAGCCGGAGUACUACUCCGACCAAAUCAUCAAAGGCAUCAUCCAGGUAACUAACGAAUGGGUAUUCACUAGGGGAACAGACACAUCUGCAGUGACGCUGGAGUGGGCGAUGUCGAACCUGCUCAACCACCCGGAGAUUCUGAGGAAAGCAAGAGACGAGAUCGACGCCCAGAUCGGGGAAGAAGGUCGCAUGGUGGAUGAAGUACUGGACCUCCCCAAAUUGCACUACCUGCAGAAUGUGAUCACCGAGACUCUCCGACUGUACCCAUCGGCGCCGCUUCUGGUCCCUCACAGCUCGUCCCGGGACUUCACCCUCGGCGGAUACCACGUGCCGCGGAACACGAUGCUGCUCGUCAAUGCUUGGGCCAUUCACAGGGAUCCUCGGGUUUGGGCCGACUCGACGAGUUUCAAGCCGGAGAGGUUUGAGGGCGGCGGUGGUGAUGAACAUGGUUGUCCUAAACCGAUUCCUUUCGGGAUGGGAAGAAGGGCUUGCCCCGGGGCGGGUCUGGCCCAACGGGUCGUCGGGUUGACUCUGGCGUCUUUGAUCCAGUGCUUCGAGUGGGAGAAGGUUGUCGAGGAGGACGAGGAGGAGGAGGAAGAUAUUGACAUGGCGGAAGGCACCGGGCUUACCAUGCCAAAGCUGAUUCCGCUCCAGCUCAACUGUAGACCUCGCCCCAUCAUCAUCCACAAACUGGUUCUUGCUGCAUAA